GCGACAGUAUCGAGCGAAUAUGGCCGACAUCCAGAACUUCCAGACCUUCGAUGCCUUUGCUGACGCCAAGGACGACUCGAGCAUCGGCGGCGGCAAGGUUCACGUGCGUGUGCAGCAGCGCAAUGGCCGCAAGUGUCUGACGACGGUGCAGGGCUUGGCUGACGACCUGGACGUGAAGCGUAUCCUCAAGGCCUUCAAGAAGAACUUCAGCUGCAACGGUGCCAUCGUCAAGGACGACGAGCUUGGUGAAAUUAUUCAGCUUUCGGGUGACCAGCGAACCAACAUCCGUGAGUUCCUGCUGGACCAGGAAAUUUGCAUGGAUAGCCAGGUGGUGUUGCACGGUUUCUAAGCCGGUUGUAGUACCCCAGGUGCUGGAUCUCUUAGCUGCCGCUGCCUGCAGCGUCUUGACGUUGUGAUACGAAACAGUUAGAUGAGAGGGGGGGAGACCAGGUGGUAGACCCCGCUUCCUACCUCUCAGCGGUUGUUGAAGGAAUAUAUUUGAUGCUACAUUUGUUGAAAGGGUCCUGCGUGUAGUGCCAUUGAACACUCGGAGCUGUAAGUUCUUGCACGACAGUUGCAAUCCUCGAUCUGGUAGCAGGGCUGCACCAUCGAUACUCUUCCAACCUAUUAGCAUCGACAUCUACGUGCGGUCGCUGAUCUUGAAUUCCGGAAAGUCGAGGUCCGGCUGCCAGAUUCCCUGAGCGGUUGGGCGCUUGGUGAAGACUGGCUUCUUGAUGUGCGUCAUUUUACGGCCGCUUGAGUUGCGAAGGCGCUCCAG